UUCAAGACGAAAAACGGCCUCCCUCACAUGUCUUGAGACUCCCGCAUCCCUCCCGAUACCCUCUCUCGCUCGUACUCCUUCGGCCAUACACGGACACUCAGUGCCCUCGAGCAGGCGACAUACCUCGCCAUGCCAACCCCCAUGGACUACCUCAGGACAAGGCGUGCGUACCGCCUCAUACCCUUCGGCCUGCUCGCCUCAUGUCUUCUCUGGGCCUUCGUCCACUUCGGCGUCGCCGACCACGACCUCUACCCCUCUGGCCCGGACUUUGGCCAUCCAUUCCUUCGCGGGCCGCCGCAUCCUCCACACGCACACGGAGGGCCACCGCAUCCUCCCCCGUUCCAACCGCCCCCCGCUCCGCAAGAGCACACGAAGUGGUCGAAGCGCGCCGAUGCCGUAAGGGACGCGUUCCGGCAUGCAUACAAGGGCUAUCUGGAGUACGCGGGGUCGAGCGACGAGCUGAAGCCUGUGAGCAACGAAGCGGUGAACAACUUCAAUGGGUGGCGGCUCACCAUGGUGGACAGCCUGGACACUAUGCUCAUCAUGGGGCUACACGAGGAGUUCUACGACACCGUUCCUAUUCUUGCUAACAUGACCUUCGCAUUGGACAAGGGUAAAUAUGCACCGUUCUUCGAGACGGUCAUCCGGUACCUCGGCGGCCUUCUCUCUGCGUAUGCCUUGUCGGGAGAGCCGAUCCUGCUCGCGCGGGCCGACGACCUGGGCGCGAUGCUGCUGCCUGCUUUCAAUACUGCAUACGGUCUCCCGAUGUACGCGGUCAAUACCGUAUCUGGCGAGACACGUCUGGGGUGGACGGGAUCUGAUAUCCUGUGGGCGGAAGCCCUCAGUUGCCAAGUAGAGUACAAGUAUCUUGCGCAUUUGACAGGCCGCAAGGAAUACUUUGAUACGGUUGAGCGCGUGAUGGACCUGAUGGCCAACGCUGAGCUCGAAGACGAGAUGUUCCCGACAAAGUGGUCGGUGAAGACCGGGAAGCCUUCGAAUACCCAAUUCUCGGUUGGCGCAUUCGCCGACAGCGCGCACGAGUACCUUCUCAAGCAAUACCUCCUCACCGGCCAGUCCGAGUCCAAAGCCCUCGACCUCUACCUCCGCGACGCCUCUGCGAUCCUCCGCAACCUCCUGUACGUCUCGCCCACCCGCGGCCUGCUAUACGUGACCGACGCGCACCAGGGCGCGCCCACGCACACGUUCGAGCACCUCUCGUGCUUCCUCCCCGGGCUCCUCGCGCUCGGCGCGCACGCGCUGCCCCCAGGCAGCCUGUCCCCGCGCGAGCGCGAGCUGCACGCGUGGGCCGCGCACGGGCUCGCGCACACGUGCUGGCUCACGUACGCGGACAGCGAGGCGGGGCUCGGGCCGGACGAGGUCGUCGUCGCGGGCGGGGGGCGGCGCUGGCUGGAGGCGGUGGAGGAGUGGGAGGAGGGGGGCAGGGAGGGGGGGCGGCCGCCCGGGGUAAGGGACGCGGCGGUCGCGACGGGGGGGAUGGAGAAGGAUUAUAGGGCGACGAAGAUGGGGUAUCUGCUCAGACCGGAGACGGUGGAGAGCUUUUGCUAUCUGUGGCGGACGACGGGGGACGAGGUGUGGCGGGAGCGCGGGUGGGCGGUGUUCAGGGCGAUUGAGAGGGAGGCGAAGACGGAUAGCGGGUACGCGAGCUUGUGGUCCGUGUUCGAGUCGCCUGCGCGGCAUAAGGACGAGAUGCCGAGCUUCUUCACUGCGGAAACGCUGAAAUACUUGUACCUCCUCUUCACGGACGAGGAUCUCAUCCCUCUCGACCGCUGGGUGUUCAACACCGAAGCUCACCCGCUCCCGAUCUUCCACUGGGCGGACUGGGAGAAAGAGCGCUACGGCAUCGUCAGCAAGGACCAUGGGCACGCUGCGCGGCACAAUUGGCCACAUUCAGGACUGGACUAACCUAAUAGGUGUAUCAUAGCGUAACAGUGCCAACUAGUUCCGUGGUCAUCUUGAUUGACUUGCCCUCCUCUCCCAGGGGAGCAGAGAAAGACUUGACAUGGAUCAGAGUUGCCGCUGAUGUCCUGGGGAACCCCAGGCGGGAUGCGCGGCCCUGCGUAAAGGAUCCGGCCCGUCCGCGCAGGUGAAGAAGCCUGAUGCGCAUGGACGAAGUUGGGGACCCUCCGAGAAGCAGUAUCAUGCUACCACUCUUAUCGCGUCCGUCGCUCCUCCGCGACGUCACGCACGCUUCUUCCUUGGCCGUCAUUCACAAGCGUGCGCUGGGUGUACUGGUAUAUAGGGGGCCGCAUUAUCCUGAGCGAUACAACCUGUUUUGUCAUGAUCGGUUUAGGAAUCGUCUUGUCGUGUUGGUUUUCGCUUAUCGUGGUCGUUCGAGCUGUGAAGGCUCCGAGUCUGCGCUUCCAGGAACAUCUCGCCCCUGUGCGUCGGGGAGAAACUGUCCCAAACGAGGCGUUAUUCUUUGACAUGCCUCUAGACCACUUUGGCAACGCAACAGGCACGUUCAAGAACCGUUACUGGGUCAACGACACUUACUACAAACCCGGAGGGCCCGUCUUCCUAUUUGAUUCAGGAGAGCAAAACGCGGAGCCUCUGCUCCCGUACUACCUGCAGGAAUACCAUGGCUUGUCUGCUACGAUGCGACUCGCAAAGCGGUAUAGCGGAGUGGCAGUCCUCUGGGAGCAUCGUUACUACGGCGAUUCCCUUCCCUUUCCAAUCAACGAGAACACGACAGCCGAGCAGUGGCAGUUUCUGACCACAGAUCAAGCAUUGGAAGAUGUCGUCCACUUCGCAAACAGGUUUUCUCUCCAUGCAGCGAGCACUGAGGCUUCCGCGGAUACCAGCAGCGCAUUGAACGAACUAACUCAUAACCCUCUGCAUCCAUCAAACACGCCGUGGAUCUGGCUCGGAGGCUCCUAUCCCGGGUGUCGCGGAGCACUACUCCGCGUCCGUAACCCAGAGACCAUCUUUGCUGUCUGGGCAUCCUCUGCGCCAGUACAUGCCCAGAUCGACAUGGCAUCGUACUACAAGGCCGCUGAGCGUAGUCUUACGCGAAACUGCUCAGCGGACUGGGUUGCUGUGACGCGUUUCGUGGACGAUACUCUCGCAAAUGGGACGGCAGCUGAGGCAACGAACCUCAAGUUCAAGCUGCUUCGCGCGAGGGAAGAUGGGAUCACGAAGGAGCAGGCUGCGAAUGCCAGCGAUGAGAGCGCUGCUGGGGUGCUCAUGGACCCACUAAACUUCUAUCAGUAUUACGGCUUCAAGGACUCUGUCCUUCCGUUUUGCAACGUCGCUCAGACCCAAAACUUUACAGCGACGCCCUUUGAGACCGGGCUCGCGGCUUCUCUCGGGAUCGACGUCGCACUGAACGCUUUCCUCACCGGAAUCAAACAAGUGAACUAUGCAGCGAUUCCUGGGAAUGCAGAUGACCCUGUACAGGAUCGUUCCUGGAUGUGGCAAUACUGCUCCGAGUGGGGCUUUUACCAACGUGGCGACCCAGAUAAUCCUCUGUCAAUCGAGACGUCUUUUCGUUCUCUGGAACGCUUCCAGGAAGAAUGUAAUACGGCAUUCCCAGAGGGCCUCCCGUCCGCCCCUGCAGUGGCGCAUAUCAACAAGUAUGGUGGAUGGAACAUGACACCGUCUAACGUCCUUUUCACGAAUGGAGAGUUCGACCCAUGGCGAACCAUGGGUUUGGCUUCCAUCGAGUCCAACUCACCUCAACGGACGCCCAGCGUGGCAGUCCCCGCCUGCAAUGUUGCACCUACGUUCCCGUCCUUUUUCGGCCAGACGCAUGACAAUAUGGUGCACGUGUCCGACCUUCGCGUGCUCUUAACUCCCGACGCCAACUAUACGGAAUUCAGAACUGUCGGAUUCUACAGUCCCGUCUCCCAGGAGCCCUUCUACGCUGGAUUGGGUUUGUUCCAGUUGGCUCUAGAUGAAUGGCUACCUUGUUUUGAUAACAUGGGGAAUCUGGGAUGA